AUGGGUCGCAGAAAGAUCGAGAUCAAAGCCAUCAAGGAUGAUCGCAAUCGCUCAGUCACAUUUCUGAAGCGAAAGGGUGGCCUGUUCAAGAAGGCGCAUGAGUUGGCUGUUCUUUGUUCCGUCGACGUCGCGGUCAUUAUCUUUGGGCAUAAUAAGAAGCUUUAUGAAUACUCCUCAUGCGACAUGCACGAGGCCCUCGGGCGGUACCAAUAUUUCGGUGGCCCACAUGAGCACAAAGGCCCAGAUGAUUUCUCCGGCAAGCGCGACGAUGACGACGAGGAAGACGAGGACCAUACACCGGCUCCUGAGGAUAUGCAAAUUCAACAAACUCACACGGCCGUUCCCCCUCAUCUCCAGCAGCCCGGUUUCCAACAUGUCAACCAUGCGCCCUCUGCGUCUCCUCCCAUUCCGAACGGUCUCCCGACGCGACAUGGCACCCCGAAUUCCCAAAUCUCCCGCCCCUCGUCUAGAAAUACCCAGAAUACACAUGUUCGUCGCGUUAGCUCAAACCUCGGCCCCCAUCACGGUACGCCGCCGCCACCCGCGGCGCAGAAUGGCUAUUAUAUGGCCAAUCCGUCUAUGUACAACCCGAACGUCCACUCUGCCAUGAACCAGCCACGCCCCGCCCAGUACGCUCAGUAUGCUCAUCCUCCAGGACCUCAAGGAACACCACCUCAAGGAAUGCCUCACCCACACGGUCUACCUCAGCAAAUGCCUCAGCAACAUUUCCAGCACGCACAUGCCGUUGCCUCACAGCAGAUGGGAAUGCCACCUGGAUCACAUGCGCCGGUACAGCAAGUCACGCAGGCCUAUAUGACGGAUCAGGGGCGGGGCUCAAUGCCUCCAUCUUUUGCACCUGAAACCCAGAAGCGCAACAUGCCCGAAAUCCCCGAGCGUCCAGAUAAUCCGUCGGGUGGCCUGAAGCCGGAUAGCCAAUCACCGCCGCAGCCGAAAUUUUUGUCCAAGUCUCGCAGCAUUUUCACGCCCAUUGACGACGGAGGAUCCGUGCUAGCCCGGCAUUUCGGAGCGGGUCCAUCGAUGUACGAAUCACCCCGUGUGAACCAGAAUAUCAAGCCUGAUACGUCACAUGAGGCCUCAGGCCCUAAGCCAGAGUCUGGGAAUGCUGUUUCAGAGCCUCCGCGUACACAGUCCAUCUCCUCAUCAGUUUCGGAUAUCAAGCCUAUUCAGCGAAUGAACAGUGGCCAGCUCCCUUCCAAACGUCCGCAAUUGAAGGUUCAGAUCCCAGAUGAAUGCUCUGAUCGGGGUAGUGCAACGGCCGACUCCUCUUCACGAGAUUCUGCUGGCAAUAAAACAACACCUGCUCGAGGAAAUGGCGAUAACCCCACGCCGGGUGGUGUGGUCCUGCCGCCGCCUUCACCUUCGGCCGGGGCAAUUCUCAGUGCGGGCGCCCAAGGCCCGCCGAACCCGUUCGCUCGUCCGCCACCACCAGUGACCCAGCCACACAACAACGCAUUUGGCAAUUCUAUAAACAAUGGCAAUAACUCAAAUAACAUCGAGACGCCAAUCUCCGCUCUUCCAAGUCGCUUUGUCUCGGAUGCCCUCCUCCCGUCACCGUCCAGUUUCUUCCCGGAAUGGGGUUUUGGCCGUUCGGGACCAGACUCAAGCCUUCUGCCUAGUCCCCUCAACUUCCCGACGCCCGCAUUGCAAAGUGGACCAAGCUUUGCAAGGGAAGAUGAACAGGACAAGAAGCGCAAGAGUCCAGACAGCGGGUCACAAGACGAUGGCGCGAGUAAAAAACCAAAAACCUAG